AUGAGCGCCCCGCCUCCUCUUCAAGAUGACCCCCAGCGGCGCACCACCGAGCGGGCGUCGUACCAAGCUCCAACGAGCUCGAGCUUAGCAAGAUCCCAUCCCGUCGUUUUUGCAAGCGCAAUUGGGAGAUCCCCUGCGAGAAGUCCGCGGAAGCCGAAUCAAGCCAGAACGAGAGGGCUGGGAUUACGAGACCGGAAGGCCCUCAGACCGUCAUUGACCUCGACUGUCAGCCCUCUAGAUUCCCUUAAGCGAAACAAACAAUCGCCUGCGUCCUCCCUUUCCGGGAGGCGCUCCAGCGGACUGGCUGCCUUCGCCGCGCCUCCAAGGCGGGUCUCAACGAGGAUCACUGCAUCCGACCUACUAUUUCGGUCUCCCGCUGGGACUCAACGGAGUGUAGAGGACGCCUUGCCUACCGAUACACCCGAAAACCAGUUGGCAUCUGAACUGGACAGUGCCACAGUUGAAGUGGAUCUGAACCAGCCUUCCUUUCAGGAAAUCCUCGACGAGCCAGAUCUACCCCCAACGCCAACCCAAUUAGGCCUGGAAAGGCCCCCUGGACGACCAAAGGGGCUUCUGAGCAGCAGCCCCAACUCGCAACAAGGGAAGUGGGGGAGGCGACGAAACACUGACGGUCUGGAGCAAAGCCCGUCCAAGCUGAGAAGGGUCGACUACGGUGAGGGAGAAGAAUCGACAGAAGCAGGCUUUGGGUUGGAUCGGACGUCCUUGCCGGAGCACGUUUUAGAGAAGCGAAGAUUAAGGAACGAACUCGUCUCCGAAGUACAACAGCUGAAGAAGGAUAUUGCGGAAUUGGAGACAUGGUCGAAAGAUUUGGGACAAGAUGGCACCAAUGAGCCCGACUCCAACGAGCUCGGGCGAAGCGUCAAUAUCAUUUCAUAUUUCCUCGCUACUUCCUUUUGCUACCAAGGAACUGUCGACGCCCCACCCGAGGCCCCUCCAGUAAAUCCAUUUGCACUUGGAGAGCACACACAAACGAAGGCAUAUAUAUCAGCCCUUGCGCCAUUGGAUCUGACCGCAUAUUCAGAGCCCACGCCCGAAUCUGCACACGGCCUUGUCUUGGAGAGACACACCCUCAAGUUUUACGCCCCACCUCCGUUCCCUUCCAUUCGCUACAAAGCAUCAGUAACCUGCGACGUCAACCCAGUAACGAGAACCCUGGUCUCGAUAUCGGUACCACCACAAGCGGACGCGGUAGAAUCGAGGAUACCAGAAGAUUUACAUCGAUGGAUAGACACCCGGCUUGCCAAUCCGUUACUAAGGCUAGAUGUCACCGGGCUGUGCUGGGGCAUCAAUCGGUACUGGGAGGCGAUGGUAUCGCGUGCUAAGCUAUGGUCGCACAUAGAGGAACAACACGCGGAAUUAAUCGCUGGCCACGUGAAACGGAGCAGUGGUGCUAUAACAAAGAGAGCUGACAACAGAUACCCCAGGCUAGAAGACAGUGCGGAUUUCCUUAGGAGGUCACUACCGCACAUUGAGCGCACAGCUAUGCUUUUCAAAUCUAAGAGGGGCUCACUGCAAGUACUUCUAUCGUGCGGAUUAGUCAUGGAUGAGUGGACAAGUGAACCUCAGCUGGCGGCAGGAAUCAACGUAUCAGUAUUGACUGAAUCUGAUGGCGACUCCAUAUGCAAGGUGGAUCAAGAAUCCAGACGGCUGUUUCAAUCCAUGCUGAAUGAGAGCGAGAACAACCAAACGGAGAGCAGCAGUGGCGUCCACGCUGGCGCAAUCCUAAGGGCUACAGACUGUGUCUUAGGUGCUUUGUUCAGUAUGGAUGCUCAAAAAUGA